AUGGCGAAAACACAGAGACCUGGAGGGUGUUGCCUUACAUCUAAGGAUCUGGAAUAUGUGAAUUCUGAAUAUGGAAAGAAUGCAGUGAGGCUCCUAUACGUUCGUCGAGAGGGCAAGAUACACUGCAUCAAAGAACUGGAAGUCUCUUUACAUAUAAGACUGAAUAAUGUCAAUGAAUAUGUAAAUAGUGACAAUUCGUGUGUCAUCCCCACAGACACCAUCAAGAAUACAAUCCAGGCUUUUGCAAAAUGCCGUGGGAUCAGAACAAUAGAGGACUUUGGCCUCGAUCUGUGUGAGCACUUCCUCACACAAUAUUGCCAUGUGAUAUACUGCAAUGUCUUUAUCCAAGAGGUACCAUGGCAACGCCUGGAAAAGGAUGGUGUCCCACAUGCCCAUGCUUUUCUCUACAGUUCUGAAGGAGUUCGCUUUUGUGAAGUGGAACGGAAUUUGAACGGUUCUCCAAAUGUUUUCUCUGGCAUUAAGGAUCUGAAAAUUAUGAAGACAACCCAAUCAGGCUUUGCAGACUUCUUCAAGGAUAAAUACACCACACUCCCAGACAGGAGAGAACGGGUGUUGUCAGUAGAAUCGCUGAUCAAGUGGUGCUAUGGUGACUGCACAGGAUGCUUGGACUAUGACUGCCUCUGGAGAACUGCCCAUGAAGCUGUCCUAGAUGCCUUUGCUGGACCACCUGAAACAGGCCAUUACUCACCUUCUUACCAGAGGACUGUCAACCGUAUUCAGACGUACAUCCUGGAGAGGAUUCCACAAGCUGAGGAGGUUGAAGUGAUCAUGUCCAACAUCCACUACUGUGUUGCAGAUCUGGACAAGCUGGGAUUGAACAAUGACAUGGAGGUCUUCACUCCUCAAGAUACACCAUUUGGCGCUUGUGCAACUACAUUGCGUAGGAAGAAGUGCUCAGAAGGAGAAUCCCUGCAACCGAUGGAAUGCAAACCCCGUCACAGUGUUUCAUGGAAGUCUGACCAUAUGAUGAAGUGAGCAGCCAGCUCCCACCUCAUCAGAACAUCACAUUUAGCAUAACCCAUCACCUAUUACCAUGUGUAUUGUGCUGUACUUUUCUCCAUAGUACUAUAGCUCCACAUGUAAAUGCAACUGAACUUUUUAAGGAUUGCAUAAAGGAAAUAAUAUGCUGACAUCUCAAUGAAUUUCUUUUUGCUUCUUUUGAAAAAUUUGAAUAUUCAACGCAGCCCACCUAGAAUGAUAUAUGAGACAGAGACAUUUAUGUGCCAGAUCCUGUGGUUUCAAAUGACGCAUCAUUACACUGAGUCACAGUAGCUGAGGAUCUGGACCUUCCCCUAUUUAACACAUUUUGAAUUGUCCAUAUAAACCAAAUUAAAUUAUAGCUGCUAAAGCAGUCAAAUGAAAUGGUAGUACUAUUGCCUACACAUAUUGUAUAAUGGUCAUAAUUUUAAUAAUUGGUCAUAACAGUAGCAGUGAAAAGUGUUAACCAUUUUGUUCCUCUACCACUAAAAACCUUGGGAUGUAUGCAGAAAGGGAAACAGCUAAUUUAAUUUUGUAUAAUUGAUCACAGGGCAAACCACCUUUGAAGUGUUAUUCAGAUCUUCUUUAAUAAUCUUCAGCCUUUUGAACAGUUCCUUCUCUGUAGUAAGUGUUCUACUUCUAAGCAAGCAGAGUUGACCUCCAAAGCAGACUACACGUGCAUUGGUAGUUUAAA